UUUCACUCACACUCCUGUCAUUCGCAUAGCAAACAUUAUCUUGCGUUUAAGUUUAAAAGUACGUGUUCGUUUUUUCCUAAUUUCUAUCAAUUAAAGUACGUACUCGUAGUUUUAUUUCGCGCUCGCAUUCGUUCGAUGUGAGUUUUAUUGUUAGUUUUAUCGUAAUUAGUUUACGCGAGUGCGGCUUUUAGUACUUUUUGUGCACACCUAACCAUGGCCGACGCGGAUUCAAAAGACCGAUACGAUCCCGAAUUGAAAUAUCUUUCUGUGGACAGGAAUAGUUACAAUGAUCCUGCUGCACAGGCGGAAUGGACACAGAAAAGGCUCGUCUGGGUGCCGCACGAGAGCCAAGGGUUCGUCGCCGCCUCCAUCAAGGGCGAACGAGGCGACGAAGUUGAGGUUGAGGUGCAAGAGACCGGCAAACGCACCUUCGUCGCCAAGGAUGACAUCCAAAAGAUGAACCCCCCUAAAUUCGAUAAGGUGGAAGAUAUGGCAGAGCUAACAUGCCUAAACGAAGCCUGCGUUCUCCACAAUUUGAAGGAUAGAUACUAUUCUGGUUUAAUCUACACAUACUCUGGUCUCUUCUGUGUCGUCGUCAAUCCAUACAAGAAGCUUCCAAUUUACACAGAAAAAAUCAUGGAGAGAUAUAAAGGAAUUAAACGUCACGAAGUGCCUCCUCACGUGUUCGCCAUAACAGAUACCGCCUACAGAUCUAUGCUGCAGGAGCGAGAGGAUCAGUCGAUACUUUGCACGGGGGAAUCGGGCGCCGGCAAAACGGAAAACACCAAAAAGGUCAUACAGUAUUUGGCGUACGUGGCCGCCUCAAAAUCGCCUAAAGGAUCGGGGGCGAAAGAUCUUAUCGGUAGUUUAGAACUGCAGCUACUCCAAGCGAAUCCCAUUUUGGAAGCCUUCGGAAACGCCAAGACGGUCAAGAACGAUAACUCUUCUCGAUUCGGAAAGUUUAUUCGAAUUAAUUUCGACGCGUCCGGCUACAUUGCGGGCGCGAACAUCGAAACGUACCUAUUAGAAAAAUCGCGUGCCAUUAGACAAGCAAAGAACGAAAGGACCUUUCACAUAUUCUACCAGUUGCUGGCGGGCUCGACUACUGAACAAAAAAAGGAGUAUAUUUUGGAAGAUUCCAAGACGUAUUCGUUUUUAAACAAUGAUAACCACAUCGUGCCGGGCGUGGACGACGUCGCAGAGUUCGAGAGUACGGUCAAGGCGAUGCACAUCAUGGGGUUUAACACUGAAGACUUUAGUGCCAUUUUCCGUAUCGUUUCCGCUGUCAUGCUGUUCGGUACAAUGCAAUUUAAGCAAGAUCGCAACUCGGACCAGGCGACGUUGCCCGAUAAUACGGUGGCGCAAAAAAUCGCUCACUUGCUCGGCCUAUCCGUGACCGAUAUGACGAAGGCGUUUUUGAAGCCUAGAAUUAAAGUAGGUAGGGAAUUCGUUACGAAAGCGCAAACUAAAGAGCAGGUCGAGUUUGCGGUCGAGGCGAUUUCCAAGGCGUGUUACGAGCGCAUGUUCCGGUGGCUUGUUACGAGAAUAAAUCGAUCUUUAGGUCGCACCAAGAGGCAAGGCGCGAGCUUCAUAGGCAUUCUGGAUAUAGCCGGUUUUGAGAUCUUCGAUCUGAACUCCUUCGAACAGCUCUGCAUUAAUUACACCAACGAGAAACUGCAGCAGCUUUUCAACCACACCAUGUUCAUUCUCGAACAAGAAGAGUACCAACGAGAGGGAAUCGAGUGGAAAUUCAUCGAUUUCGGUUUGGAUCUCCAACCGACAAUCGACUUGAUCGACAAACCAAUGGGUAUCAUGGCAUUGCUGGAUGAGGAAUGUCUUUUCCCGAAAGCGACCGAUAAGACUUACGUGGAAAAACUAGUGAGCGCCCAUUCCACGCACCCGAAAUUCAAGAAGAGCGACUUUAGAGGCGUCGCCGAUUUCUCCAUAAUCCAUUACGCCGGCAAGGUCGAUUAUUCAGCAACCCAAUGGCUCAUGAAGAACAUGGAUCCUCAAAACGAGAACGUCGUGUCGUUGCUGCAGUCCUCUCAAGAUCCGUUUGUCGUCCACAUCUGGAAGGACGCCGAGAAUAUCGGCCGGGCCAAGGGAAUGUUUAGAACAGUUUCUUACCUGUACAAGGAGCAGUUGGGGAACCUUAUGGUUACGCUUCGUAAUACCAACCCGAAUUUCGUACGAUGCAUCAUACCGAAUCACGAAAAACGGGCGGGAAAAAUCGACGCGCCUCUGGUAUUGGAUCAGUUGAGGUGCAACGGCGUUCUCGAGGGAAUUCGUAUUUGCAGGCAGGGUUUUCCUAACAGAAUACCGUUCCAGGAGUUCAGACAGAGAUACGAGUUGCUCACACCGAAUGCGAUUAAUAAAGGAUUUAUGGACGGGAAGAAAGCUUGCGAGACGAUGAUUAAAUCCCUGGAGCUAGAUCAAAACUUGUACAGAAUUGGACAGUCGAAAAUAUUUUUCAGGGCUGGAGUUUUGGCACACCUGGAAGAGGAACGCGAUUACAAGAUCACGGAUCUGAUCGUCAACUUCCAAGCGUUCUGUCGCGGUUUUCUUUCGAGGCGUAACUACCAAAAGAGGGUGCAGCAACUCAACGCGAUCCGCAUUAUUCAGCGAAAUUGUUCGGCGUACCUUAAACUGCGCAACUGGCAAUGGUGGAGGCUGUACACGAAGGUGAAACCUUUGCUAGAGGUGACCAAACAGGAAGAGAAGUUGAUGCAAAAGGAAGAUGAGCUGAAACAAGUGAAGGAAAACUUUGAGGUCCAAUUGAAGAGCGCCCAAGAGUAUGAGAAGAAAUUCCAGCAGGCGAUGGAAGAAAAAACCGUGUUGGCGGAACAGUUACAGGCCGAGGUGGAAUUGUGCGCGGAGGCGGAAGAGAUGCGAGCGCGGCUUGCCGCCCGGAAGCAGGAACUGGAAGAGAUCCUGCACGAUUUGGAGGCGAGAAUUGAGGAGGAAGAAGAACGUGCCACAAGUCUAUCGAACGACAAGAAAAAAUUGCAACUCACCAUUCAAGAUUUGGAGGAGCAACUCGAGGAAGAGGAGGCGGCCAGACAAAAACUACAACUGGAGAAAGUACAGUACGAUGGGCGACUUAAGAAAUUGGAAGAGGAUGUAGCUCUCACCGAGGACACCAACCAAAAGCUACUAAAGGAAAGGAAACUCAUCGAGGAGAGAAACAGUGAUCUAAGCCAAACCUUAGCAGAAGAAGAGGAGAAGGCCAAGCACCUGGCGAAAUUGAAGGCCAAACAUGAAGCGUCCAUUGCAGAGUUGGAGGAGCGGCUGUUAAAAGACCACCAGCAGAGACAGGAGUCGGACAGAUCGAAACGAAAGAUGGAAUCCGAACUAACGGAUCUAAAGGAACAGCUGAUUGAGAAACGAACCCAAUUGGAGGAGCUUCAGCUGCACUUGGGCAAGCGCGAGGAAGAACUGGCGCAGGCGAUGGUGCGCGUCGACGAGGAGGGUGCGCAUAAGGCUCAAUCGCAGAAGGCUCUGCGGGAAUUAGAGAGCCAACUUGCCGAACUGCAGGAAGAUUUGGAAGCCGAAAAAACCGCAAGGAGUAAGGCGGAAAAAUUGAAGCGCGACUUAAACGAGGAACUUGAGGCGCUUAAAAAUGAGCUUUUGGACUCUUUGGAUACCACGGCUGCUCAACAGGAGCUGAGAUCAAAACGCGAACAGGAAUUGGCCACUUUGAAAAAAACGUUGGAAGAGGAAACCCAAGUGCACGAAGUGAGCAUCGCCGACAUGCGCCAUAAACAUUCCCAGGAGUUGGCCUCAAUUACGGAGCAACUCGAGAACUUGAAAAAGACGAAAACCGUCUUGGAAAAGUCUAAACAAAGUUUGGAGGCGGAAAAUGCCGAUCUCGCCUCCGAGCUUAGAAACGUCGGCGCUAGCCGGCAGGAAGGCGACCGUCGUCGAAAACAGGCUGAAAGUCAGUUGGCCGAAGUCCAAUCGAAGUUAACCGAGGCCGAGCGUGUACGUACUGAGCUGAUGGAAAAAAUUCAAAAACUGUCCCAGGAAUCGGAUUCAGUGGCGCAACAGUUGGAGGAAGCAGAAUUAAAAGCUUCAGCCGCUAUAAAAAGUCAAGCUACCAUUGAAUCACAAUUUAACGAAACUCAGGCCCUUUUGGAAGAAGAGACGAAGCAUAAGCUAUCGCUCAGUUCGAAAUUGAGACAACUGGAGGCGGAAAGAGAACAAUUACACGAGCAGUUAGAAGAGGAGGAGGAAGCGAAGAAGAACUUGGAAAAACAGGUAGCAACAUUUAAUGUCCAGCUGCUAGAAAUGAAGAAGAAAAUGGAGGAAGAAUCCGAGCAGACCGCGCUUCUCGAGGAGGCCAAAAAGAAGAUGAGCAAGGAUAUCGAAGCCCUUCAGAGACAGAUCGACGAACUGACGGUGGCGAACGACAAACUCGAAAAGAGCAAAAAGAAAAUGUCCGCCGAACUAGAAGACGCGAACAUCGAUCUCGAAACGCAACGACAGAAGGUCUCCGAACUGGAAAAGAAGCAGAAGAACUUCGAUAAGGUGUUGGCCGAGGAGAAGGCCGUCAGCGAGCAGAUGGCAGCGGAACGUGACGCAGCCGAACGGGAGGCGAGGGAGAAGGAGACCAAGGUGCUUUCGUUGAGUCGCGAGUUGGACGAAUCCAGCGAGAAGGUUGAGGAGUUGGAGCGUCUCAGGCGGCAGCUUCAGGCCGAGCUCGACGAACUAGUUAACAAUCAAGGAACUGCCGAUAAGAACGUGCACGAGCUGGAGAAGGCGAAGCGGUCGUUAGAAAGUCAAUUGGCAGAAUUGAGGGCGCAAAACGAGGAACUGGAAGACGAAUUACAGUUGACCGAGGACGCGAAAUUGCGGUUAGAGGUUAACAUGCAAGCGUUGCGGACGCAAUUUGAACGAGAUCUGCAGGCCAAAGAAGAACAAUCCGAGGAGAAACGUAGGGGUAUCGUUAAACAACUUAGGGACUUAGAGGCGGAGCUGGACGAAGAACGUAAACAACGAACGGCGGCGGUUGCUGCGCGCAAAAAAUUAGAAGGCGAUCUUAAGGAGAUCGAAGCGCAGGUUGAACUGCAGUGUAAAGUCAAAGAGGAUGCGCUGAAGCAGUUGAAAAAGUCCCAGCAACAGUGCAAGGAGGCUACGAGAGACGCAGAAGAGGCGAGGGCGGCGCGCGAUGAGUUAUCAGCCGGUUGUAAGGACGCCGAGAGGAAAGUUAAAAGUUUAGAAGCGGAUCUUUUGCAAAUGAGUGAGGAUCUCAGCAGUUCGGAACGUGCCAGACGUGUGGUGGAAGCCGAACGGGACGAGUUACAAGAGGAAAUAAAUAAUAACGCUAACAAAGGAAACCUACUGGUGGAUGAAAAACGUAGACUAGAAGCCAGAAUAGCCACUUUAGAAGAGGAAUUGGAAGAGGAACAAAGUAAUAACGAAAUUUUCGCGGACAAGGCGCGCAAGGCGCAAUUAACAGUCGAACAGUUAACGACGGAUUUGGCGAACGAACGUUCCGCCGCUCAGAAGCACGAGUCGACUCGCCUACUGCUCGAACGUCAAAAUAAGGAACUGAAAGCGAAAAUUGCCGAACUCGAGACGUCGCAGCGCACAAAAACGAAGGCGACGAUCGCAUCUUUAGAGGCCAAAAUUAAUAAUCUAGAGGAACAAUUAGAGGCUGAAGCGAAAGAACGGUACGCUCAACAGAAACACAAUCGCAAGUUGGACAAGAAGCUCAAGGAGUUGGUGAUGCAGUUGGAGGACGAACGUCGGCACGCUGACCAGUACAAGGAGCAAGUGGAGAAGGUGAACGCGCGCGUCAAGGCGCUGAAACGUCAACUGGACGAGGCCGAGGAGGAGAUUAGCAAAGAAAAAGCUCAAAAACGCAAGGCUCAACGAGAAUGCGAGGACAUGCUCGAGUCGCACGAGUCCAUGACUAGGGAAAUUAGCAAUCUUAAGAGCAAAUUAAGGCGAAAUACUGGUGGCAUGGGCUUGUCGUCGUCUCGACUGGGAACAUCAAAGCGGGGAUCGUUACAGCCGGGCGGUAGCGGAUCGGGCGAGGAUUCGGCGACGCAAGAUGACACCUUGGACGGCGAGGACGCACCAGUAUAACUGUCUCUGUAAAAAGCGCUAGUAUUUUUUAUUUUAUGUUUUUUUUUUAUUUGAAUCCAAUUCAACGGGCAGUAUUAAAAAUGUUUUACAUCAAUUCUUUAGAUCGGCGUCGCCGGUACAGAAUUAAACAAUAUGUUGGCUGCCUUUAGGGCUUCAAUUUAAAUACAAUGUACCCAAUGUGAGAUGAAAACUAUUUUACUUUGUCAUGUGUAAAUAUAUAUACAUACAUAUA